UUUCAAAAAGAAAACAAAACUUUAUUUCUUUUAUUUCAAAAGAAAAAAAAAAAAAAAAAAAAAAAAACUUUAUUUCUUUUGACAAAUUAAGUCAUGCUUUUUAGAAGGAACGAUACGUACUAAUCCAAACCGCUGCUUCUUCUGCAUUCCUUCGGCGGAACACCGAUUUUCCGGCCACCUACUUCAUCGGAGUUUUCCUCCACAUCAUUUUCCAAGCGACUCUUCUAUUUCCAAGUUACAAAAUCAGUGGGAUUAAAGAUAAAAUUUAAUAUUAGGAAAUGGUUUUUCUCGUGACGAAGCUCCAAUAAACCACGGAGAAGUAAGUACCCACUCGAAACCUCUUCGGCUACCCUACUACUCCAUGGCAGAGCUUAUGGAUAUGGCAGAACUCGGCACUGACCCAGAUAACCAACCAAAUAUUAAUUUCAACAAUAUCAAUAUGAAUGGGCAGAGUGAGAGGCGGAACACGACGGACGGCGUCGACCAUGGCAGUGGAGAUAAGCAACCCAAUAAUGGUAAUACAAAUGGGGAAUUGAUAUCUGUUCCUAGGGGCGGACCUCUUUACAUUCCCAAUUUGGUGAGUCCACUCACCAGUGUUCGUCACUUUCAGUCUUGUCUUCUCCUUGAACUUCAGAAUUUAGAGGCCGAGCUCAGUUUGGAUGCAACAUCAGUUGAAGAAGAUAUUUCAGUUGAUGAACUUAAAAUUUUCACUGAUGAAGAGUUAGUGGAUAUGGCAAUGAAGGAAGCAUUUAAGGAAGGUGAAGAUGUGGAAAAGCCUUCAACAGUAGUAGCCAGGGUCUCCAACAAAGAAACAGAAGAUGAUCAGGAAAUUUUUAAAGGAAAAAAUGGAUGCUUUGAAAAUUCUGUAAACAAUACAGCAAAUACCGCGGAGAAUGAGAUGAUGGACGAAAGGAGCUUAAGGAAAAGCAAAAGGAUAAUGGCAAACAAUCACGCAGACGAGGCACAGUUCUGUACAAAUGAUAAAAAUGGGUGUUCAGAAGUUUCUGUGAUUGAUACCACUGAAGAUGAUUGCAAUGGGGUAAUGGGUGGAAGGAGCUUAAGGAAAAGAGAAGGAAGGACAACACAAGAUCAUGUGGAUAAGGUACAGUUACAACAAGAAGAUGAUCACCCGCGGCCCAACAGUGAGAUAAUAAGCAAAAGGAAGAUAACAAAAAGAAAAAGAAGCAUGGCAAAGAAUCGCGCUGAUAAGGAAGUGUACAUUGCUAAGGUACAAGAACUUGCAAAAAUAAAACAGAAGCAGGAUGAAGAUAAAGCAUCAGUGAGGCUGCACUCAUUCAAUCACAAUUGCAGACCAAUUGAGUCUACCACUCCUUCCUUUGAGAAAUCUGAAAGGCUGAAGCCCCUCAGGUCUGCAGCUGCAGGAACUAAGGUGAGGUCAUCGGGUUAUCAUGAAUAUAUUCAUUUGGGGCAUCCAGAAAUUGUUCUUUCCAUUGAGGUAUACCAUAACAAAAAAAGAUGGAUAAAGACCCAGGAAUUCUUGGUCGUAGGACAGCAAGCUUUGACUGAACUGAGAGAUAAAAUUUACUGCGUAACAGACCAUGUUAUGCAAAAGGCGGGGCAGUAUGAUCCUUCAGGAUAUUUUCUCAUAGAGGAUGUUUUUUGCAAUGAUUUGAGGGAUCCAUUUGCUAUAGAUUAUAGCGAACCUGUAUUUGAUUGGCUAAGAAACAAUGAGGAAGAAGUUAACAAAAAAUGGGAUUGCAUCAUUACUGGAGAGUUGCAACAAAAGCAGAAGGCAGUUAUUGGCAAUGUUACUGUCUCGCAACUCCCCCAUUUCAAAGCAGUGGACAUGCAAAAUACACGUUUUUGUGAUUUAAAAUUUCGGAUUGGCAACGGAUAUCUGUACUGCCAUCAGGGAGACUGCAAGCAUACAAUAGUCAUACGAGACAUGAGGCUUCUUCAUCAGGAGGACGUGCAAAACCAGGCAGCUUAUCCAAUUGUCAUAUUUCAACUCAAACCUCGUGUGCAAAAAUGCUUUGUUUGUAAUAUUUAUAGAGCUACAAAGGUGACUGCAGAUGACAAAUGGGCUCAAGGGAAUCCUUGCUAUUUUUGUGAGAAUUGUUAUUACCUUCUGCACUACAAGGAUGGUUCUCUGAUGUAUAGUGACUUCUCAGUAUAUGAUUAUCUGCAUGACUAAUUACUUUGUCAAAUAGAAUCACAAUGUAGGAGAACAUUUUGGGAACUGGCAUCAUUAAGACAAUUUUUAAGUUAAUGUUGUUGCAAAGAAUAUGAAAGGCAUAAAAUAUUGCUUGGUCAA